AUGCUGAACUUCCCGUGCCAUUUCCAAGUAUUAGCCAGACAUGCUGGCCUUCAUGCUAGGCGUCAUGCGACAACCAAUACAUCGAAAUCACUACGGAGGGCUACUACCACACUGUUCCUAGCAGGCACAUCUGCUGCUGUUGCUGCUUAUUUUUUCUUACCUGACAUUUCUCGAGGCGCGCCAACUUGUGACAAUAUACCCCUCAAUCCGUCUCACUUCACACCAGUCAAACUCGUUUCGUCCACUGUUGCAUCAAGUGGAACGAAAAUCUUGACUGUCACGAUACCUCCCGAACUUUUACCCAAGGGAAGCGAUCUCUUCGCGCCUAUCUGGUCCGUCUUUAUCAAAGACGACGACAUACAAGUGGAGCGACCUUACACUCCGCUCGAUGGGGUAGACGAGGAGGGAAAUAUGAGGUUCUGGAUCAAAAGGUAUCAGCAUGGCGAAGUAAGCCGAUGGUUGUACUCGAAACAAGUCGGGGAGACCAUUGAAAUUCGAGGGCCUCUCAAAACCUGGUCUUGGAAGGAUGAUGCUUGGGAUGAGAUUAUUUUGAUAUCUGGCGGUACUGGGAUCACUCCAUUCUACCAGCUGCUGCGUACCGUAUUCUCUGAGAAUUCGUCCUUUCAAGGCCGAAUCACACUGUUACAUUCCUCAAGAAUACCUUCUGAGUUGCCUCCGCGCGAUGUCCUUGAUCCCCUGUUAAAACUUGCGCAGCAUAAUCCCGGGAAGUUCAGGCUGAAGUUGUUCGUUGACUCGUUUGGCGAAUCCAAUGGUCAAAGCUCCACAGAUUUAGAGAUACACCAGGGUCGUAUUGGUAAAGAUUCGAUAUGCGGCGCCCUUCAUUCUGCCUCUCGUGUUCCUUGGUGGCGCAGUUUAUUUUCGCGAGACAGCGAUGUCAGUGAUCGAAAGAUACUGUUUUUGGUUUGUGGUCCUCAGCAAAUGGUUGAGGCUAUCGCAGGCCCUUAUGGCCGAAACUACUCACAAGGACCAAUAGGCGGAAUGUUGCGAUCAUUGGGGUACAAAUCACACCAGGUGUGGAAGUUGUAA